CUGUGGUUCGAAGACUUGCCGAGGUUCAUCGAUCAAAUUUUGUUGAUCUGUAUCUGCAAUACCUUGUGUGCUGUGGUACUCUGAUUGUUUCAAAUAUGGCAGAUUCCAAGCCAAAGUUAUAUGCAGCAUGGUUUUGCCCAUUUGCUCAUCGUGCCUGGAUAGCAAUGUUGGCCAAGAAAGUAGAUUUUGAGUACAUUGAACAUGACCCAUAUGACAAGACGCCAGAGUGGAUGGCCAUCAGUCCCACUGGAAAAGUACCUGUGAUUGUCCAUAAUGGGAAMMAAAUCUAUGAAAGUGCUGUUUGUAUUGAAUACAUCGAUGAGGCAUUCUCUACUGAAGUCCUGCUGCUCCCAAAAGAUCCUUAUGAAAGAGCAGUGGCACGUAUCUGGGGAGAUUUUCUUGGGAAWAAURUAAYWYCYCAUUUCKUUAGUGCUCUUARGAAGAAGACRAAGGAAGAGCAAGUGGAACAGCUAGAGAACUUUCAGAACGGACUGAAAAAGUUUCUUGCCGCCAUGGAUCCCAAUGCUACAUUUCUUCAGGGUGAAACCAUAGGAUACCUUGACAUAAUGCUGGCACCUUUUGCAAAUCUGCUCAAAGUCUUGAAGCAUUACAUAAGUUUUGAGGUGCCACAAGUGCCAGAGUUCAGCAGGUUCCACAAAUGGUGGGAUGCAGUCAAGAGUCACCCAGCAAUAAUACCAGUUACACAGAUCCCAAUUGAAAAAUUCAUUGCAAGAUACGAAAAGUAUUUUUCAACUUCAAGUUAAAAACUUGUGGAGAUUGUGAUUGUGAUUGUAAUAAAAAUCAAAAUGGCAAA